CUGUUGAAUUGUAGGCUUUUAGAACAUCCAUAAUGUGACCUUUAAGCUUUGAGCUGUAAAUAUCCAGAGCAACUAUUAAAGCGUUUUAUGUGACGUACAACUGCUCAUUUAAUGUCACGUUCAAAUGUCGGCCUGCAGAAGUUAAUGAGACGGCUGAAUUAAAGAGAAUGUGUGCGUGUGAGGGAGAAGGAUCCAGUUUCUCCCGGAGAGGGAUCACUUUGACUGCUGUGGAUUCGGUUUCUGCAUCCAUGUUGCUUUUAAAAAAGCAGCACUGACAACCAUCGUUUCAACUUCUACAACUUUUUUGGACCAUAAUGAUCUCUUCAGGUUUUCCAGCCUCCCAUUAAACUCAUGGUGAUCUCCGCAUCGCAUCAGGGCAUCGUGUUACCUUCCCUGGGGCACAAUGGCCUCGUAAGAUGCCUUCUCUGUGGAAACGGAUAACAUUCUCGGUCGCCUCUGUGCUGUGCGUCGGCUCGGUGGCUCUUCUUGUGGUGGCCCUGGCCACGGAGAAGUGGGUCACAGGCCGGAUCUUGUGCAAGACGGGGGCAGAGAUAGUGAACGCAUCCCACCCAGAGAUGGACCAAUUCAUUGGAGACAUUUACUACGGUCUCUUCCAGGGAGGAAAGACCAAGAAGUGCGGACUCGGGAACAGGCGCUCCAAAAUCUACAUUUUUCCCAAUCUGGUGAAGACGUUGAAUGGUGGCCUUCACAUGAUGGUGAUUCUUUUCCUGCUGGUGGCUGUGGCCUUUGCACUGGUCAGUCUGUCCUUUUGUAUUUACAAUGCACGCAGGGUUCCCUACCAGAGCAUCAAAGGUCACAAGGGACUCUAUCUGUGGAACUUCAUAGCUGCUUUUUUUGGUGCCCUGGCUGUUCUGUGUUUCCUGGCUGCCGUGAGGCAUCACAGUCUGACAGAGCGGGUGGCAAACUACAAAGAAAACCUUUUUGUCCUUGAGGUUCUGGACGACUCUCUUGACUGGUCUUUCUGGCUCGGCGUCGGCAGCGUUGGGACUCACUUUGCUGUGUGUGGAGUGGUUGCCAUGAGUCGCAUUAAGCUGCCCAAACCAGAAAUGAAAAAGCCGGAAGAACCCACUGUGUCUUCAGUGGACCUGCUCUACUAAGGAAAAGAUUAGUCAUCAGUCGUUCCUUGAUAAGAUUAACGCACAACGCUGACUGGAGAUUGUGACUCAUUCUGUGCCAAUGACCUUUUAAGUAAGCUGUGUGGUUGUUUGCCUUAGAGCUGCUAAUUCUAUUAAGAUUUUGAAAGAAAAAAUACAACUUUUGAGCUGAUUUUAAAUGAAAACUUUAAUCUUAAAAUGUUUAAUUGUUUACCUAUGCAGCCACUGAACAGUUAGACCUGCAUUUUGAAUUAUUAAACUCUGUCAAGUAUAAUAAUUGUAUCAUAUACCAGUACACACUCUACUUUUCUGAUAAUUUCAGUAAUUUGAGUACCCUAUAAUUCUCAGGAAAUCUGUAAAUUAGUUUACUUUACCCAAAAUUGACACUUUAGCAUUUUCUCAGCUGUUGUAGAUUGUACAUGCAGACAUAGAGGUCCCACAAAUACAUUAUGUUCUUGUUUAUUUGCAGUUUUCUUUAAUCACACAUCUAGCUUCAUCUUGUUGGAGAAAAUAAAUGAACAAGUUUUUAGUAUUAUAAUUGGUGCACAAAUCUGAGAGCACAAAAACUAGAUUACAUAAAUACUAAAAGAAGACACUUCCCAUGUUUAUUUGGCUUUAAGCACCUGCAAAUGGAAGCGUAAAACCGUCAAUAUGCCAAGACAGUUGAAGUACUUUUAAGUUACAUACUUAGAUUAGAUUAGAAGUUUACACUGCAGUUGCAAAAGCAUUGACAGAAGACCACACACUCAACAUUCAACGAGAUGUGAUGCAAACAAGAAAUGUUUAAGCUAAAAUAAAUGCUGUGGGCUUGAAAGAUAAUGUGUUUUUGUUUCUUUAGAUGAAGGUAAAACUGUAGAAGAAGUCAGCAUUUUUUAAAAUUUGAGAUUUCUGUGGCUGCAGAGGUGGAUAGUUUUUCACAUAUUACGAAUCACAGAGCGAAGGAGUUUAGCACGUGAUCUUCUGCUGAGUAGUUCAAAAGUAUUCAGUUAUAAGAAGUUGUUUUUUUUCUGUUUUCACGACACCAUGAGCAAAAAUCUAUCUUCAAAUACAAAUAAUUUAUAAAUUAAGAAAAAAUAUUGAUCAUCCUAUACUACAAAUAGGCAUUUUUGUCAUAUUGCAUUUUUCAGUGUUCAACAUUUGUUAUGAAUGUAUUGAGUGUAAAUAUUAGGUGUAAUAUUUCCAGUUUACAUUAUUUAUUUGGUACAUAAAUUAAUUAAAUAAUAAGUUUAGUCAGAAUGUGUUAUGUUCUGUUUUGUGCUUAUUAGAUUUUAUUUUGUAUAAUUGUGUAUAUGGAUGUAGCCCAAAUUUUAAACACAUCCAGCUGUAUAGUCUGUCUAAGUGUGUGCAGGAAGUAAGGUUAAUGUAUAUUGUAACUAGUGCACAGCAAAUGGGUAAAAACUGAACGAUAUUAUGGUUGACUUGAUUUUAAUUUGUGAAUAUUUUUGUAUAGUGAAUUAACCAAUGGUUGAAUAUUCCAUCCAUCCAUCCAUCCAUCUCUGUCUUUGAUUUUUUUAAAGAGUGACUAUUACUUCUAGAUACACUCUGUCUUUUAAUGAAUAUUUGUAAAUAAUACAAUGUUGGAAACUGAAAUAUUUCUGGAAAUGUCAUAUAUAAAUUCAGUAAAGUAUUGCAUGAUUGUAAACUGUACAGUAAAUAUGUGGUAUGUUUUCUUUGGAAUAAUUGUAAUAAAAUAAUAUAUAAUGAUAGCUUCUUUAAUAUAAGUU